AUAAAGCUAUCAUUUAAAUCAACUCUCAAGCCUUACACAAGCUUCUAAUGAAAUGUGCUUCUAUCCAAUCAUUGUUCAUACUUGUCAGGGUACUUUCGUGUCCUGCCGUAUGAUUCUGCGUAUAAAACUACAUGUAUAUAACUGUAAUUUGCCCAAAAGAAAAUCAUACUUUAAUCAUUCAUUAAUUCUUUGUUUCAAACUAGACAGGGAAUUUUGUAGAAAAAACUAGCAAGCUACAUAACCUCAAAUUUUAUUUCGCAUAUCAUUUAAAUCGACCAUGGAGAUUUCAAAUCCAAGAUUCGCCAAAAAAAUUUACACCGGAAGUUGCUUGUUUUUCAUGACGUCAUCAAAAAUUAAUACAAAUUCUUUAAAAAUCAGCCAAAGACUUGACCUCAAUUUUUAUUGCAUUUGUCAGCUAAAUUAACUUUAAAAUCCAAGAUCCAAGUUCCAGAAGAUGAAUGUUUACCAAAAGACACAUAAAUAUUGGGGGGGGGGUGUCGCACCCCCAUACCCCCGCUAAAUCCGUCCCUGCUUUUGUGAAUUAUCCGACGAGAACGCUGAUGUAACGGGUUUUAGUUCGCCCGGCGGGAGACGAUAACCCAGAAGAGCCCGCAAAAACUUCCGCCACUGCACUGCGCUCAUCUACUACACAAACUUCGAAUUUGGUCUCAUUGGGAUUAGCAGAUCCAGACUAUUUGCGACCUGAUGAUGGAACAUUCCGCAGAUUUUAGAAAGUCUCCGGUUUUUCUUGCCUUUUGGUUGAUUGGAUGAAUAGAAAUGGUAGGUUGGAUGAGUACACAAUUGUUGGAUGACAUCAGUAGGUUCGUGAUUGAUGCACGAAGUAUUUCGAGGUGUAUCUAUGUUGUUGUUGUCAGGCAGGCUUCCAUCAUCAAAUUCAUUAUAGAAAAUCUUGGACAACUUGAAGAGAAGAAUGACUGCGGUGGAAGGUUCAUUAUCAAGCCCACGAAAGGCAAAGAGUGAUGAAAACGAAACAGGAAACAGUUACUCUGAAGGCAGUUCUGUUUGGUUAAAUGCUCAUUACAACCCAGUUGCAUCAAUCUACACAUUCACAUCAUGUACAGCCUUAGCUGAUCUGAAUGCUGAUGGAGAACACAAGCUAAUUGUAGCAGAUUUGGGUACUGGUGCUUCUAAUAUGAAGCUGAAAGUUUUUAAGGGUACUUCCCUGGUGACAGAGAGUACUAUUAUUGAUCUUCCAACAUCUGUCUGUACUUUCCACAUGGAUAUGAACGAGCCAAAAACACCAGCCGUAGCUGUUGCAUCAGGACCUUACAUUUAUGUGUACAAGAACCUUAGACCGUAUUUCAAAUUUACUUUGCCACCACUCGAUGUAAAUCCUAUCGAAUAUGAUUUAUGGAAUCAAGCAAAAGAGAAUAAAAUGGAUAUAGCUACAUUACGGGAAAUGCUGCUGUCUAUAAGGGAUGCAAAUGGAUCUUCUUCUUUAACAGUGAGGUCUUUAAGAUUUUUACAGCUCAAUGAAGAAGAUGCUGCGGAAUUCGCUGAAGUUCAUCAGUUUGGCAAUUUACGAAGACAGACUGUCAUAACCUGUAUGACAACCAUCAAAAAAAGCGUUCCCGAUGAGGAUAGCAUUAGUUGCUUGGUGAUUGGCACCGAAAGCAAGGAGGUUUAUGUUCUGGAUCCCGAGGCAUUUACUGUUCUUGCAAAGAUGAGCCUUCCCAGCAUUCCUUCGUUCAUGUCUGUUUCUGGCCUGUACGACGUCGAGUUUCGCAUUGUUGUGGCCUGUCGUGACGCAAAAAUUUACAAUCUGAAAAGUGGCUCGCGUAGUGGCAAAGUUAUUAUUGAGCUGAAUUCUCAAGUUGUUGGACUGGAGAGGAUCGCCAAGACCAUAAUUGUUGGCUGCAUGGAUCAGACCCUCGCCUGUUAUAGUACAAAGGGAAAGAAACUUUGGACUGCUUACCUUCCCCAUCCAAUCACCACAAUGUCACAACUGAAUCACAAAGCGCGGGGGUUAAAAGCAGUCAUGGUUGCUCUUCAGAAUGGCGAAGUUAGAAUUUACAAAGAUAAAUAUCUGGUUAACAUGUUUACGGCCGAGGAUGUCAUCGUUGGAAUCCAGUUUGGUCGAUUCGGGAGAGAAGAUAACGCUCUAGUAAUGACAACUAAAGGUGGUGGGUUGCUGAUUAAAAUCCUAAAGCGAACUGCAAACUUUGAAGGAAAAGAUCUCAGCGCAGGUACUUCAACGGCUCAUUCCCAGAAGCUAAAUGUACCCAAGAAAACAAAGUUAUUCGUGGAUCAGGCCCUUCGUGAACGAGGGAGUGCCCCAGCCAUUCACAGAGUAUUCCAACAAGACCUUUAUCGAUUAAAGCUGAAAACUGCGCGCUCAUAUGUACAUGCCAUUUCGACGAGAAUGAACCCACUGUCUACAUCUUUGCAAGACCCAGUAAAGCUGUCAGCUCAGGUUCAAGGAUUAGGGCCAGCUUUCAAACUGACCAUUAAUAUUGAAAACACAUCAACUGAUACUCCGUCUACAGAUCUGCUUAUCACAUUUCAUUUCGACAGUACGCUUUAUGCUGUGGCCAAACCCAUGAUCCAGAUACCAAUCUUAAUUCCUGGACUAAGCUACUCACUUGAAACUCUUGUUGACUGCAUCAGCGACAAGGGAAUAUCUGACAAAAUUCGGGUGUUCCUUCUUCGAAGAGGAAACUCAAUACCAAUCAUCACUGCAGUGAUAAGCAUGCCGGUUAGUGAGGCUGUUGUGGUAGUGUGACAUUGCUAUUUUGCAUAUUUCAAAGGUAUUUCACCCAGUUAAUGCUCAAAAAAUGGCUUGUAAAGCACUUUGAAUAGUAUUACCAACACUGUAUUUUGUCCGACAUUCUCAUCCAUGCUUUGAUCAAUUCAAAAGAUAGCUUGUAAAUAUUAUGUUGAUUAUUACUGAAACACAGUUUGGUGAUAAUUUUUGGCAGUAUAAAAGAGAUCUGUAAACAAGAAAAUGAACGUUUUAAGAUUGUAAUUAUUAAUGAGGAAUGAUAUUACUUCUUUAAAUUCCUUGAAUAAAACUGCACCCAGUGUAUAAAGCUGAUCAAAUAACUUAAUAUGAAACUAGGAGAUGCAGUUUUGUUAUUAGUG